AUGAGAGCACAAGAUGAAAUCGAGUACAAACUGGGAACAUCGAGAAGAAAGAGCAAUGGAGUAACAUUCAUCAAGUUCUUCAGUAGGCUUUUUGCCAAGAAGGAGAUGCAUAUCCUGAUGGUUGGUCUUGAUGCAUCUGGUAAGACAACCAUAUUGUACAAGCUCAAGUUGGGAUGUUGGUGUCCAGGACAAGAUCCGUCCAUGCACUAUUUCCAGAACAAACACGGUCUCAUCUUUGUUGUUGAUAGCAAUGAUAGAGAUCGUAUUGUGGAGGCAAGAGAUGAAUUGCACAGGAUGUUGAAUGAAGAUGAGUGA